AGCGUGCGGCCAAGGGCAAUAAGAGAGAGCCAGAACCUGUUAAAGAAUUUCAUGUAGAGUCGCCUCACGUCAAAACCUAACCAAAUAAUAAGAGUCUCUAGCUGUGUUUUUCUUGUGCACAAUUUUCUCUCAAACUAUUUUCUAUACCCCCAUUUUAGCCUCUUCUUGAAUGUUGCAAUUCGCCACGCUACUCAGGACUCACAGUAGAAGUAACCGGGAAAAAGAGGGAACCCAUUAAAUUGUUCAUUUCUUCGUCAUCCUUCUGGCUCUGUAUUUUAAUUCUCUUCCCAGCUUAAUAGCCUUUUAGGUGAAAAUAAGUGUGCCAGCAUUUAGUUUCUGUAGCAAAUUCCUCUCCAAACAUAUCUGAAAGAUGAGACCAAAGAUUUAUCUUUUUGGCGACUCAAUUACUGAAGAGUCCUUUGCUGAUGGUGGGUGGGGUUCCUCUCUUGCCAACCAUUUCUCUCGGACGGUUGAUGUGGUGCUAAGAGGGUAUAGUGGGUACAAUACUCAGUGGGCUCUAAAGGUGAUAGACAGUGUUUUCCCGGCGGUGCAGAAAGAUGGCGGCGGUGAGGAGGCACCAGUGGCAGUUACGGUGUUCUUUGGAGCGAAUGACGCUUGUCUUCCGGAUCGAUGUUCUGCGUUUCAGCACGUGCCUAUCCAUGAAUAUAGGCAAAAUCUCCAUAUUAUCAUCUCCCAUCUCAAGAAUAAGUGGCCAACAGCCCUCAUUCUCCUUAUCACUCCACCUCCAAUUGACGAAGAGGGGCGCCGUCGCUAUCCAUAUAUUGAGAAUCCAAUGGGUCUGCCUGAGAGGACAAACGAAGCUGCUGGUGCUUAUGCCAAGGCAUGCAUUGAAGUUGCCAUAGAAUGUGGAAUCCCUGUGAUAGAUCUCUGGACCAAAAUGCAACAGUUUCCUGACUGGCAAAAAGCUCAUCUAAGGGAUGGAUUGCACCUCACUCAAACUGGAAACAGGAUUGUUUUUGAGGAAAUAGUUGCAAAGCUGAAGAAGGAAGGCUGGAGUCUGGAAAAGUUGCCGGUUGAUCUCCCGCUUAUAUCUGAGAUAGACCCUAAUGACCCACUCAAGGCUUUUGAGAAAUAUUAAAUGGAAGGUUAUAUUGCUAUUAUUGGUUUUAAAUAGCCUCGAGAUGUGGUAAUAGACAAUAUAUAGUUUGUUAUAUUCAAUGUAUGGUUGAGCCCCUAUUGGCUUUGAGGGGAGUUGCAUUGUUGAAAAGCUUUGGUGUCAAUUUCCUAAAA